CUCUCACCAGAACUUGAAAUUCACCAGAAUAAAAGUUUCCUUGAUAAAGAUGUACUGCUUCUAACUUUGGAAGAUCCCAAGGCUCGUAUAGGAAGUGGUGGAGCCACUAUAAAUGCAUUGCUUGUUGUUACGGAACAUCUGAGUGCAAAAGCUGGUCAUGAGGUACAAAUAUUUGUCUGUAUAGCAGUCCUUUCUUAAAUAAUAACUUAACAUUAUAUCUAUAUUUUUGGAGAUUCUUGCUUUAAGGCCUACAUGUACAUGUUCCUUAAUUGUGAGCUUUCUUCCAAGUAUUCCAUUUGCACAUUCCAUUGGAAUUAUUAUAACAACUCAGGUGUUGUAAAGACUUAUUUAUAUUAAUCUUGUAAUCCUUGUUUUUCUUGUCUGUCUGCAAAUUUUUUGUAUCCUCCAUAGGUGAUGUGGUUAUUAUGAUUCAUUAAAAAUUAGUUUAAAGUGACUGCUGGUACUCUGUUUACUGAUUAAUUGUUAUUUAUUUUUUAGACUUUGACUCAAAGUGUCUUAGAAAAUGCCAACAUUCUUAUUAUGCACAUGGUGGGUACUUAAUUUACUUCAUAUCUUUUUAAUUCAGAAAUUUGUAGAAGUGAAUUUACUUGUUUCUUCAGAUGACUGGUUGGAUCCUGUUACUUGUGAGUCAGGUCACAUAAUCAAUGCAUUGAAACAUGUUAGAAUCAAGUAGUUUUUACGUAUCUACUAAUACAGUUGUGUAUUCAUGUAGGUAUUGUGUCGUGGCAGAAUUUGAUCCUUUUGUUUUCACAAUUCUUUCAAUUGACAAGUACAUAAAUUUGAUAUUCAAUAAACUCAUAAUUCUUUGGUUGCAAGAAUCUGAUGUUAAUCAAAGUAAUAAUUGUUUUUCUCUGUUAUCAUAGAUUAAUUGUUGACUCAAGAUUUAAAAAAUAUGUUUGGUCACUAGGAUCGAGACUUUCCUUUUAGUUCUUGUGGGCGGUUCUUCAAUACUUUACCAGGCAAACAUGCAGAAGAAUCCAAAGAGCAUUUAUGUGACUGCAUUGUCUCAAACUUUGACCUUCUGCUUGACGUUGUCUCCAACAAGGUACAGUUAUUAGGAAUCAUCCUAUAUUUAUACUUAGAUCAAGGUAGGAGUGAUUAGCUUCUUAUUUCUCCUUACAAUGUGAUAUAUAAUUCAGAAGUCAGCUUAUAAACAAAUUAAUAUUUUAAAUUUCUUUUCAGUUGUCAGUAAAUGCUCCCCCCGGAGUGUGGGUCUGCAGGACAGACAUGAUGUUGACUGUCUCACCUGAUACACGUAUGAAAUCAUUUGUUUUUUGCUAAAUUAGGUUGCAAGCUUGCUUUAAUCCCCUUACAAAAUGGAUUUUAGAAUUCCUAGGAAUUUUUUCCUAGGAAUUCCAAGGAAAAGAGGUCUAGGAAUGUUUGAGAAUUACUGGGAAUCUUAAGCAAAAAUUUGAGGCUACUAAUAUAAAAUAAAUACUAAAAAUUAAAAAAUCCCAGCUAAAAUUCAAGUAUUCAAUGAAAUUUAUUUACAAGCUUAAUUAAGGUUUACAAUUGUCAAAUAUUUUUGAUGGUAUAUUAACAUCAACAUGUAGUAAUAUUAGGAUGGAAUUUGAUUUAUUUCUUUUCUCGAAAACUUCAUAGGAAUUAAUCCUCUAUUACAGCUAUUCAAGUAAAAUAGUCCUAAUCGAUCAUUAAAUUUGGUUAGACACAAAUUGUGAAUAAAAUCUGCAGAUUCUUUCCAUAAAAUACAAUAUCUUAAAAUUAUUAUAUUUAUUGUAAUAAAUACUAUCAGUCUAAAAGUCUUAAAAUGAAUCAUUUAAUUUUGGAUGAUGAUGCAAAUGGUAUUUAACCCUUUCACUCCCAGACACAGGCUUUGACUUGAUUUUAUGUGGUUGUAACUUAUUUGGAUAAAACUCUUGUGUGUGAACAUUCCAAUGUAAGCUGUCAAGCAGCACUUUCAUGUUUUACUCUUUGUUUUCGUUGAUUCUGCACAUUGAAAUGCAAAGAUUUCUUCUCAAAGUUUGACCCAGCACUCUUGGGAGUGAAGGGGUUAAUUACAGUUAAAUAUAAUCGAUUUUUUAAUUACAAUCUUGUUGUAACUGUAACAAUAAAUUAGAAUGAAGUUAUCCUAAACUGCAGACUUAGCUGCUGUCUGUCUUUUUUUCCUGGGCUUACAGCUUUCCCAGUAAGCCUUGAAUAAGGUUGUCUACAAGAAGCUUGACCAUUUUGUAUCUGGAUUCCAUGGCAUCUGAAUUUGAAAAAAAAAUACACAUAUAUAUAAAUAUAUGUUGUGGUGUUUACGGCUGAAUAACCACUGAGACGUUCGGUAGAAACACAACGAUAUUUUAAUCAACCUGUGAGACCGAAACCCGACUACAGAAUAACUUCUCUUCAUAAGGACCGCGUGUGCAUUCCGAACAUUAUGAUUGGCAGCUGUCAGAAACACUACAUCUCUCCCCUUCUUGAUUGUAAACUUGAAUACAUGUAUGUCUGGAAAAGAUCGACUUAAACAACUGAACUCUAAUGAUUAAGAACGAUAAACUGGAACGUGUUUAGCUUGUCACAAAGUUCAACUGCAAGCUUCGAGUGUCUGGUUCUAUUGCACAAGUAGGACAAAGUCUUUCAGUUUUGCAGGGAGCCUUGUUUGCCUCUGAGAUCGCCGCAAGGGUGUAAUUGGGCUUGGAGAACUUGAUGACUUGUCUUGUUCUGAAACUUCUGGUGGCCAAGGCUCUGCUGUUAGAUCUUCGUCUGCCUGCCCUUGUGUUAUCUUUUUCAGCAUGCCUUAUGUGGUUCGGGACAACUUUGAACAUGGAUGAGUUCCGCGUGAUAGUUUUAUUCCCAUUGCUUGCUGUAACCAUAGAUCCUUUCUUUUCUUCAACCACGAGAGGUAUUGGACUGAACGGGGAGCUUAGCUUGUUGCGCUUUGGUUGCUUAAUAAGGACUGUGUCUCCUAGCUUGAUCUUGCUCUCUCUCACUCCUAACUUAUGGUCUGCAUAUGCUUUCAUCUUCAACUUCUGUUCUGCAUCCCUAUCUGUCAUGCUCUUCUGUUUCUCAAGAACUGGUGGUGUCACUUCUGGUAGCGUAGUCUUGAGCUUCCUGUGGUUAAGUGCUUCGCACGGCGAAAUUUCAGUGGUCGAAUGAGGUGUCGCCCGAUACUGUCGUAGAAACUUGUAGAGUUCUUGUUUCCAGCUCUUGUGCUCAACGGUAGCGGCUCUCACGCACUUCCCUAGUGUCUUCAUGAAACGUUCCGCUUCGCCAUUAGCUCUUGGCCAGAGAGGCGUGAUUUUGCGGUGGUGAAAACCCAGAUGCUCAGCAAAGUUCUUGAACUCCGCGCCAUUGAAGGGGGGUCCGUUGUCACUCUUUAAGACAUCAGGAAUUCCUUGUCGAGCGAAGAUUGAGUCAAGCUUCGGGAUGGUGGAUCUAGCAGAAGUGGAUGUGACGAUUUCAACUUCUGGGAAACGGCUGUACUCGUCUAUGACGACCAUGAGGUACUCUCCUGAAGGGAGUGGUCCAAGAAAGUCCAUCGCAAGUUCUUUCCAGGGGGCGUUUGGUAGCGGUGUCAUCUUUAGAGGUUCGAGUCGUUCUGCCUUACUAGUAGUUGUUGCUUGGCAUGGUAAACAGCUGUCGACUUUUUCCUUAACCAUCUUGUCUACACCAGGAAACCACACCUUCUCUCUGAUGAGGCGUUUUGUUUUUACCAUUCCUUGGUGUCCAACGUGUGCUAGGUCUACAGCUCUGCCUCUCAGUACUUUUGGGACUACAAUCCUGUUUCCUCUCAGUACAAUUCCUUGGUAGGCCGACAGUUCGUCCUUCACAUUUCUGUACUCCUGUACUUCGGGAUGUGUCCAAUUGUCAGUCUCGAUGGCCUUGAUAAGUGCUUGGAGCGAAACGUCCUUCUCCGACUCUAACUUGAUUUCUUGCAGCGUCAUUGCUUUUGGCACUGCCUGGUUGCAUACAUAGUUCACGUAGUCUUCUGCAAUGCUGCUCUCCUUGCUUUCUAUGUUACUUGGAUGGCGGCUCAUAAAAUCGGCUGGAUUCUCUGCGUCCUUGCCAGGUCGAUAGGUGAGUUGGCAGUUGUAAGGCAUGAGCCUCAGCUUCCAUCUGUCGAUGCGCGCUGACGUUGGCUUGUGACUGUUAAAGAUACCUAGGAGUGGUUUGUGGUCUGUGGCAAUGGUGAACUCUGAUCCAUACAAAUAAAGAUGGAAAUGUUCGACUGCCCAGACUACUCCUAGCAUCUCCCUCUCCGUUUGAGAGUAUCUGCUCUCGACGUCACUGAGUGCUCGGCUAGCGUAACUGAUAACUUUACCAUCCUGUACCAACAAUCCUCCAAGUCCGACAGGGCUCGCGUCGACUAUCACUUCACUCUUGAUUCUUGGAUUGAAGUACGACAUCACGUGAUUCUUGAUCAGGCUGUCUUUCAGCUUUCAUGAGGCCGGCUAAGUCGAGGUCUUCUCGCAGAGCUUUGCGCCGCAGGGAAUUCGAUUUACAGUUCAAGAUAAUCUGUUCUUUGAUUUCUUUGUCUGGAUUUGUGAAAUCGCAGGUCUUCGCUAGGCUUCUCAAGCGUGUGUGAAAACAGUCAAGGUUUUCUCCGUCUUUUUGCUUGGCUUGCCGGAAAUUGUACACUUCGUACGUUACGUUGACUUGCGGAGAGUGAGCAGUUAGUUUCUCGACGGCCUUUUUGUAAUCUUUGUCUCCACCGACGUCUUGAAGCGUGUCGAAGAUCUCGUCGACUUCUGGACCGCCGUAAUGCAGCAAAAGGGCUCUCUUCUGCGUAUCAUCGGAGAUUCCCAUUCCAAUAGUUAGUCUCUCGAAUCUUCCUAACCAUUUCUUCCAUCUUGGGCCUGCAUUUCCAUCGAGGUGAACUUCAAACGGUGGAAAGUUUGGUAGAGAAAUGGCCAUGAUGUUUACGCGGGAAAAUGCUUCGGAGAUCGCUUUGGAUUUUUUUUUGUGAAAAUCACUUCGGAAAUCCCGUUAAAUCCUUUUGGUUUUGUUGUGUGUGUGUUUUUUAUCCCAUCCUCGUCGCCAGAUGUGGUGUUUACGGCUGAAUAACCACUGAGACGUUCGGUAGAAACACAACGAUAUUUUAAUCAACCUGUGAGACCGAAACCCGACUACAGAAUAACUUCUCUUCAUAAGGACCGCGUGUGCAUUCCGAACAUUAUGAUUGGCAGCUGUCAGAAACACUACAUAUGUUAAAAGCUCAGACAAAGCCUUAGAUAGCUAUAAGGAAAAGGGCAUUCAUUGGAAUCUCAAUUUAACAAAGUGCGCUGGGAUUAGGAAAUCUCUGUUAUAUUGAAUGACUGUUAUAUUGGAGUUAGUACAUCUCUCCCAUACAUGUUACUGAAAAAGGGCUGAAUACAUGCAGUUUUUUGUUUUUACCAAGGAGGGCUUCUUUAUGUAAUAAGCUUUGUUUAGUAACAGUUUGUAUUAUGAAUCUUGAAUGUUCCCAAAACGUGACUAGAGUAGUCUUGAAACCUUACUGAUAGAUUUCAUUGUUGGCAUAGGCUUAAGAAACUGCAGCAUGCAAGUGACCGAUUCAAUUCUCAGAAUUAUUCUAGUUUCCAUUGUGCCGAGUGUUAUGUAUGCAUAAUUCAAGCCGUUGUAUCUAUUCUUUGAUAAGAUUUUGCUCACAUAACGAAUAUCACAAUUUUUACUCACCUCAAACUUUCAAAAUUGUAGCUUUAUAAAUGGCCACUCGACCCUUGUUUGUACCAGUCAAUAUGUCAACUGUUGUCCCUUCUUUAAACUCCACAGCACUAACAACUUCCUUUCCAGACAUGGUUUGAUGCUACUCUGGUUUACAGAUUUAAUGGAUGUAACUGAAGAAGUUACAAUUCAUAGACCCAACAUUUCGACACUCCUGGCUAGUGCCUUCAUCAGGGGUGAUCUAAACGUUGCAACAAGAGGUCCUUUUAUAUGAUCACUAAUUAGCGGCCUUUUUUCUGACGAGGUGUAAAUAGGCGUCAGGAAGCAAGCCACCAUCGUUACGAUUUAAAGGAGCAUGGGCGGAGUUAAUCUCCCAAGCCCCCAAACAAAGGUGCUGGUGGUAACGCCGAUCAGGGGUGAUAAUUUUAGAAUUAUCCCACCCAAUUGUAUGGUUAGUUAGGCAUGUGUGCUCCGAUAAAGCUGAAUUUUUCAAAGGGCCUUAGCCACUUCACCAGUUAAACCCCUUUUUCUGGAAAUGAUAUAUUGAUGAUGUUAUUUCUGCGGUAUCCGGAAAUGAAGCAGAGCGCCUCCAGUUGCAUUUGAAUUCAGUAGAACCGUCAAUCCAAUUCACCCUUGAGUGUGAAAAGGAUAGAAAUUUGCCCUUUCUUGAUUUAAAUGUGUCCAGAGGGGUUCAGGGUAAUUUAGAGACAAGUGUCUACCAUAAACCUACCCACUCCGACAAAUACCUUGCUUUACCACCCUAUUUGCCAUGAAAAGUCUGUAGCCAAAACUUUACUUAGGAGGACUGACUGUCUACCAUCUUCACUCGAUUCAAAGGCUGAGGAGAGGUCCUAUUUUCAACUACCAGUUUAGUAGUGUUCUUAACUGCAAGGAUCUCUUAAAUUCGUUUCUUCACUGUAGUGCAAAUAUGUGAAUUUCAUAUAUCUAAAAUCAUUAAUCAUCACUUGGAUGGUUUAUUUGGACCCAACACAUUGACCAGCUCCCAGUUGGCUUGUUAGCUCAGUUGGUAGAGCGCUGUAUUAGUAUCGCAGAGGUCAUGGGUUCAAAUCCUGUAUGGGCCUGAAUUUUUUUCAGGUCCUAUUUUUAACUACUAGUUCAGUGGUGUUCUUAGCUGCGAGGAUCUCUUGCAUUGCAAUAAAAACAUUUAUGACCAUGGAAUGCAAGAGUCCUUUGAGGUUAGAAAGCAAAUCUGUGGUAUGAGUACAUUGGAUUAAUUGGAAAUUUGCAUUUAACAUAAUUGACUGCUGCUUCAUGAGAAAAUCCAUAUUAAUGUAGAGAUUUACUAAAGCUUAGUUUGAAUAAUAAAUUUCAUGAUCUUUAAGUUAUAAACAUAUACAUGUAUGUAUAUCUCUUAGUAAAUUUUGUAUAGCAUACCUUUUAUUGAGCCAAAGUUUAAACCUCUAAAAUUACUCCUUUUCUUAAAACCUUCACAUUCAAGGUAUUGAGAAUUUCUUAGAAUCAAUUUGGGCCUCAGGGUAUUUAAAUUGCCUCAAAUUCAAUUCCCAGAAAUUUCCAAGAAUUCCACCCUUCUUAAAUUAUAGGUAGUUUGCAUAGCUGAGAAUUCCUAGGAAUUCCUAGGAAUUCCAAGUCCUCACAGAACUGGAGUCUUCCUUUCCCAGAAAUUCCCAGUAAUUCCAAGCUUUUCAAAUCAGAGCUUAUAUUUGCGUAGUUGGAAGUUUUUUAGAAUUCCUAGGAAUUCCUAGGAAUUCCUAGGAAUUCCCAGAAAACUGGGAAUUCAGUUGGCAAGGGUUAUUUGCAUAAUUGGGAAUUUUUGAGAAUUCUUAGGAAUUCCCAGAAAACUGGGAAUUCAAUUUGCAAGCGCCAUCAUUAUCAUCAUUACCAUCAUACCACCAUUAUCAUAGUAAUUUUUGAUCAUUAUCCUGUUUGACUGUGUCACCUUCUUAUUCUUGAGUAUUGUCACUGUUAUCACUGUGAUGACAAAAUUAUAAUCAGAUUCAAAUGUAUUUUCAGUAUUAAUCGUUUGCUUGACAUUGUUGCUAUCUUUCAAUUCUUUCAACUGAUGUCUAGGGAUAAACUGGAAGCAGUUUUCAGAUGGUAUUGCAAUGCUGCUGUUUCAUGGAGAUGUUGAAUAUGCAAAAAACCACGGUGUUGUGAAGCUUGGAGAUGAGGUAGUGAAGGCUGGGGAUAACACUUGUUUGCUGGCUUGUAAUUUUUUAAUAAAUUGUAAUUCCAUUUUUUUCACACAUUAAGCAGGUUGGAAUGUAGCAGGAUUGGACUUGCUGGGACAGAAAAAGAUCACUCACAAUGCACUCUCCGCAAAUAGUGUGAGGGGUUGUUAUGGUAUAAUUUAACCCACAGAAAGAACAGUACACUCCUACAAACUAGACAGUAGUUCAUAUACUGGUACUUAGGAUUGACUCCUAAAGGCAACACAGCCAUUAUCUAUAGUAAACUUACUAAAGCUCACCACAAACUAUUACUUAGGUCACCACUGACACAAUCUCACAGUUCUGUCCUCUCUACGCAGUAAUUCAGUACUCUCUCUAUCAAGCUUAGUGCUGAGCUCAACUUUUGAUCAUUCAUUCAAUGCUUUCACUACUGCGCUAUAUCGAUCUCAGUCAGUUGAAUUAAUAAUGAUUGAAUGCCAUCUUUUCAUUAGAGAUGUGUUUCAUGGAAAACUAUGCUUUCUUUUUCUUUUUUUUUUACCGGUUGAACCAUUUAUUUAUAACUUUCUCAUUUGCAGGGCAGGGUCAAAGACAUAAUCUUCAGAGGAACUUCAGACAUAAUAAAAACCUGCACACUUGAAAAUGGCAAAGUUCCCUUGGUAAAUAAAUAUUUGUAUAGUGCAUGUAGGCUAAAUUUACUUUUAAUAGCAUGUUGGUCUAAACCUCUUGGACCAUAAUGUCUCAUGUCUUUUAUAGUUGCAACAAUCAGUGUCACAUAUCUUCCUUUGAUCAGAGUGAACUGCGAUAAGCAGCCAAUUCCAGUUAUAGAAAUUCUACUCCAGGAAACAUCUAUAGCUACUUACUGAAUGGGUCAUUCCAAAUCUGACUACUUUGAGUGAGUAGAAGGGUUGGUUUUUUUGUGCUUGAUUUUGUAGUGUCAGCUAGUCCAUUUGACACCAAGGUGCUAAAAUAUAAUUUCCACAUGAAUCCUUUCUUCCCCCCCUCCCUCAAAAUCUCAUUAGUAAUUCUCAUUACUGUCUGCCAUACAAUUCCUAUGAUUUUUUUGGAUAAUUUGAUUUUGGAUUUGUGAACUAAUAACUCCCUAAUAAUAUUUUCUUUAUUUUUAUCAUGUUUCUGAUUAAUAUUGUUUCAAUAUUGUGAGGAGAAAUUCUGGUUUGGUCACUCAUGGUGGGAGUUAAAGGGCUAAAUGGUAUUUCUCAGAGUUGUUACUGUUGAUUUUAAUUAUAUGCUGAUUCAUUUGUCAUUUUCACAGAUUAGUGGUGUAGUUUACAUUAAUAUCCCAGUAGCUGAGAAAAUACUAAGUGAUGUAAAUACUCUUGAUGCCUGUACUUAUUAUGGACUUGACAAUGGAGCAGAACCCAUACAGGUAUGAAAUUAGGGGGUACGUUCCCAAACAAACAGUGGUGCCAUAUUGGGAGGGGGAGGGGCCAUCAGAAGAUAAUUUGGUUUUGUCAGCAGAGUUGAUAAUGUAAAUUGGCCUCUUUAAAGAGUUUCUAAGGCUAACAUUUCAAGUAUUAAUGCCCUUCAUCAGAUUGUGAAUUGUGAAUAGGCAUGAGAGGGCAAUACUAGUUUGUGUUGUUACCAAAUUUCACACUGAUCACUGGUACUAAGGAAAUGAACGGCCAAUAAUCAAAUGUUGAUGUUGAUAAAGGUGUUAUUAUCAUGAUAUUGAUAAUUCUUUGCUCUUUCACAGCUGUCCCUGUUCUUUGACGUUCUUCUGAGUUUGGCUGAGGAUGUUACUGAGUCUAACUUUGUUUGUGGUGAAAGAAGUGGAUCAUAUGGCCACAGUACUUCCAUGGGAACAGAGUGCAGCUCCAAGGAUGAAAUGGCACUAAUGAGAGGUGCAAGAGCUAAGCUGUGGAAGAUUCUGAGAGGAGUCUCCUUGAAAGGAGGUACUUUAUGAUAGACCAGUUGACUACUUAUUUUGAAAUUAUUCAUAAUCAAGCAUUGGCUACAAGAAAUUGAUUGUCAAGGAGUUGAUGUACAAUGUACCAGGGGCAAACCUUGCUAACAGGGCCCCCAUGUAAGUCCCAUUUCAUGUUAGUCAUUAGAGCCCCUUUUUGGGGGUGGCAGGUUCAUCUACAUGUUAAAGCCCAAUAUUUCAGCACCUUUUUCCAAUUGUAUAAGGAAAUCUCAGUGAAACUUUGAUCUCAAUGAAAAUUUGAUUUUUAUUGGAAACAAUAAAUGUUGUUCUGUUUUAUUAAGUUGUCAUCGAGAAGGGUGAGUUUGACUACAUGCAGCCAUCAGCGGAAUGCUACAGGAGACAGAUGCGAGGAAGCAUUACCAAUUUUACAACUGGCCCAUUUGAACUCUGCAUGCACACCCAUGUCUGUUUCCACAAGGUACAAUUUAAUCAAAUAUAUCCUUUACAAUGUGUAAGUUGUGACGUCAGAGCUUUUUUGCGAUUCUCUGUUCAGCAGCAAAACGAUAACAAGGAAAACGAAGCUUUUUCUUCAUUCCCUACCUUUCCUCAGGCCUUCGCGCAGCUCACGCUUUUCACCCAUCAACUCCAAGAGUGAUAAGCAUGUAAUUUUUCCUAACGGUGUCAGCCCUGAAUCAAACAUUAAGGUCGUGACAAAAAAAGGAAAUGAUUGUAAACUCAAGAAGCCCUUGAUUGUAAGAGACAAAUGUGGGUACCAUGAGAAAUGUAUGCAGAGCAGUAUGGAGAACUUGCAUACUGAUGUUAUGGUCUAAAAAGUUAAAGAAAUUUAAAGGUGGUGUUACAAGAUUACAAAUUAUCUAUUAAGAAAAUAUCGUGCACGGUCCAAUUUGUUUCCCCCUCCUAGACUCUUUACUUUUCUUUUCUUGGUUACAGAACAACCAAGGCGUAAAUCCGAAUGUGGAUCUUUCUUCUGUCGUCGUGAAUUCUUUCAUUGAAGGCGGGGUCAACGUCGGGAAAGAGUCUGUUGUAUCUCACUGUCACUUACAGGUACAUGCAUGUCUGUAAUCUUUUUUCAAAUUUCUAAAAUGCGGUAGGGAAAAAUAACACAAGGAGUCAUAGUAAAUACAAGUAAACCGCCUGAAGUGCGGAAAACGUGGGUGAACAAGUCAUGAUUGGUUAUAAACAUAGCUUUUCCAUUUUUUUUUUGGUGGGGGGGGGCGGGUGUUGAUGCAUGUUUUCUUGACCAAUCAAAGAGUGGAGAAUAUCAAAACCAAUGCAAUCGUGGACUUCUUUCUUGAUUCUUCUUCCAAUACUCUACCUUUUUUUUCUGUCUUUGAGUUUUAUUUUCUGAUACUUUGUCCCAGUUUUAAUUACAAGUUCCAUUUGCACUUUAGGGAAAUUUAAGCUUUGGAUCGGGAUCAGUGUUGGCAGGAAUUGCUGCGUCUGACUUUAAGGUCAGUGUUACAAUUUGUUAACUGUACACGAAAGAAAAAUGUUUCGAAUAACGAAGUUGUGUGAAAGCGACUUCACGGUUACCCACAUAACCGCGGGACCGAAAGGACUAGGUUCCAGACCUUGUUGCAUCAUUGUUAUGUGUUUAUGGAGAAGACGCAGUACAUCUCCCAGCGCCUCUCUCUUUACUCAGGGAUAAAAAUGAGUCAGUGCAAGCUGUCAAAGAAAACUGAUGAUAUACCUCAAGUUUUUGCUCCCUCCUCUUACAGAGCCUUCCUCCAGGGACUGUUCUUCAUGAUGAUUUGUGUAUUCUGGGUUACAAGGUGUCUCUACCAGGUUUGAGAGGAGAAUCUCAGAGGGUUCUGGUGGUGUUUGGUAUUCAUGAUGAGCUUCAGGUGAGAAAUGUGUCAUCCCAGCGGAGUGUGUGACCGUCCCCUUCCCCUCCACUGUUCCCGUGUAGUCUGUGCCACACUUAAAAGCUCUUUUUUAAAUGUGACUUAAUCAAUUAUGAUAUUUCAGAUACCUGCUUCAUCGCCUAACAGUUCAUAUUGCAACAAGCCUUGGAAAGUGUUCUUUGGAGGAACAGGAAUCAACCCUGAGGAAGUCUGGAUCGGUGUGGUACGAGAUCACUUUAAGCAUUGGCUAUUUCACAUGAAUAAGUGGACAUUUUUACUUCACCUUUUCACCGUUUUGGUAUUCAGAUUCCAGAAUCAAACAUAUUGUAAAACUCAUGGUCGAACAAAGUGGAAAAUUCGUAUAAAAUACGAUUUUAUGGGAAGGAUAAAUUGAUGUACAGUAGCCUUCAAAUCAUUACUCAACUUUCGUCUGACAGCUUACGAGCUAAGGAGUGUUUCCCUCACUCGUCGAAAUAAAGGAAGCAAUGAAAAUAAGUUUUCAGACGUAUAUCCCUUGCUCUGUCUGUGAGUAUCUUCCCUGUAAUUCCAUGAAUAGUCAUUAGAUAAGGGCUAGAAUUCCGAUAUAGGAAUACAUGUAUCUUUUCGAAAGGUACUUCGUAAACUUAUACAAAAGUGAAUAUGCUCCUCUUAAUUCUUCAGCCAGAAGAGCAGAGAAGUCUCUACAAUGCCAAGCUGUUUCCAGUCGUUCGCCCGUUUGACGUUCUGCUGGAAGAUGCUGGUAAAGAUGACAUGCUUUGGCUGGCGAGCACUGGAGUUUCAGACAUUCCUGAUCGACAAGUACUGAACAGGUGGGUUGUUGACUCGCGGUGCAUCUUUAGAUUUAUAAGGAAGGUAACAUCUAGAGGUGAGAGGUUUUGAAAAAUGAAAGAGAUGGUUACCAGAUGCCUUUUUGGGGGGAGGGGGGUGCAUCACAAGUAAGGCUUAAGAGGCCUAAAAGAGUUAGACCUUAUAUCACAUCUACUUUAGCCAGAGGCUUCAAUAACAGCCGGUUACCGGUGGUUUAUCACUACUUUCCGCACUUUGUUUAGCCUGCGAGCAUACUCUACAGCCGCCUAUGGAAAAAGGUUAUUGACACCCCUGUUUAGGUGCGAAUCUAACUGCAAUUAUCUUUUGGUAGGAAGAUUUUAAGUUAUGUGGGAUCGGCUGGCGAUAAGAUAGGUUUCUCUUCACUGAUUUCUGAUAUGAGGAAUAGCUUCAGAUAUAUCUCAAUUUCCUUGAAUAUGAUGCAUUCUUGUGAAAGGUUACAGAACUAUAAAACACUUUCUCUUCUCAAAACUGGUCUUGGUAUUUGUUUGUAUAUCAGGUGGCGUUCGUCGCUGCGGUUAUCGUUAAAGGACAUUUUAAAUGCCGUCGAUAUGAGUGCAGAGUUUGCUUGGAGAAAAAAACUCUGGUUUGAAAUUGGAAAAACUGAGGUGGAGGAAACGUUGAAGAAUUGUGAGAGUAACUGUCUGGUGCCAUUCUUCAAAAGUUGUGGGAAAGAAGGAUUUGCAAUGCAGAUAUUGGAAGUUCUGGAUGAAGGUACUCAUAACUUAAUCUUCAGCUUAUGGCCAAGUGCAGCUUGAAGUGUCCAAAGAUGCAUGUGAUCCUUCCUCCAGUUUAUAAAAGUAAUGUUCUAUACUGACAGUGAUGAAACAUUGUGAUAUGUGUUCUGAAAACUUUUUCUAAUUUUAAAACUGUUCACAUACUACCAACUUGGAGCGAUCUGUUGUUGCUGUUUUUUGGUGAAUGAAAAUAGAAAACUCCAAGAUGACUGAUCAAACUUCUGCGUUUUCGAAACUUGUUUAGUCCUCCAACUGACUCUGUUAACAUAAUUUUUCUGGAAAAGGAUUUCAAAGUAAAGAUACUUCCUGUUAACUCGUUCGUGUCGCCUAGUUUUCCCACAGAACGAUUACUGACUUCAGUUAUUUUAUUGUUUCUAUUCCCCAGUUGCGUCCAGCGCCUCUUCCCCUGGCGUGGCUGCACGAACUCUGGCCUGUAUUGCUGACGUCUUGGGUGCAAUGGCAGGAGAGAGGGCUGGGCUGAGAAGUGGACCGGCCCGCAAUGAAUCCUGGAUGCACGCCUUUGAACUCCUUGAUGUAUGUGUAAUGAAUAAUAUCCUCUGCCAGGCCAACGCUGUGUUGAAACUGUACCGUAAAUUAAGCAAUGAAGGCUUAACUAUAUACCAUGAAGAUCGUCAUGUGACUAAAUUAACUUACGCUGUGUAUUUUUGUCAUUUUUACUGAGUCAGCGUCAACGAAAAGGUUUGAUAUUUUUUGGCGAUGUUUCAGCAUUAUCGGAAACGUAUCUCUUUUUUUCACGUACAGAAAGGAGAAAUCUCAUUAGGAAUAAAAGCCCUUGCCCGAGAACGAUCAAAAUGGCUUGACAGGUAAAUUUACAACCUAAUAAUAUGAAGGAUAUAUCCUGUAUUGUAAAGUGGAGAUGUUUAUGCAAGAUGGCAAAUUUGAGUUGGUUCGUCAAAUGAGAUAAGAAACAAACAAGUUAAAAAACAGACCUUAAAACAAAAACAAGACAAAGAACAAAAACUAAAAUAACAGCAAAUCUCCUACCUAGUUUUAAUGAGCACUCCAACCCUCGAUUUUCCCACUUUGCGUUCGAUGCUCUACCGAUGAGCUACAGAGAACUCAUUGGCGAGUUAGGCUGUUAGAAGGCCUCUAUGUCAUAGGCAUCUUGCAUGCGCUUUGAUUAGCAAUUUCGAAAGCGUUUAUUUUGCAAAUUAUCUGUCCUGACCACUUUAUUUUGAUCAGACCUCAUUUGCUGAUACGAGCGGCGCGGCAUUACGAGGGAGCCGAGCAAGUAUUGAGAAGAAGAGCAGUUCUCACGGCCAGACAGGUGUGUUACUCAACCCCUUAUUAAUAGAAGAAAGUAGGUUAAAAUGCCCCGAAACUCAAGUAUAAUUUAUGUACGAAAUCUAGCUUUUUUCCUUUUUUUCCUUUUUGUGUCAGUUUUUUCAGACAGAAUGCUGUGAACCAGUUCCUAUGGGACACUGGGUUAUUGCAGAGGCACCAGGUAUGCGAAGCUUUCAUUUAGGUAUUCCCGUCGUCAGCUGUUUGUUAUGCUUUCUCCUGGAUGCACGUUUUCCUUUCUUCGUCCCUCUUUUGUCUCCACUUCGUGCCCGUAACCAUCUGUUGACUACGUUUAAAAUCUCAAGGAAAGACGGGCUUUCCCAAACGAAAUUCUAAUCACUUAUCACGGGAGAUUGAUUUUAAGCCAUGUGUUCAAUUUGCCAUGCAUCAUGAGAUGAAGGAUGAAGGGUCUGAACCGGGUAGUAUUUGCAGGAAUCAUGUUGUUAAAAUGCAGGGGCGGAUCUUGAAAAGAACCACGGCUCUAGGCAGUAACCGUCAGUGCCAUCUUGAAAACCUACGCAUUCUCAAAGGCCUUUGUUUUUUUUACUAUUUUGGGCGAUGGCCGCCUAGAAAAACGGUGUUCUUUCUAAUGUAACGUGGACUCAGACCUGUUCUUAUUGGUUGAUAGUCUGUGAGCAGGCGCUUGGGCACGAGCGUGUCUUCGCACACGGGAAGAAUGAGCCCUUGAACAACGCAAGUCGAAGAGAGGUCUGUAAGGGGUCUGGCACUGCUAAUGUUAUCAUGCCAGAUCCCGAAAACCUCUCCCCGACUCGUCUCAAAUCUUCCCGCCAGCGGAGAAACGCGCAUUCUGCAGCGCUUGUAAUGAGGGCCUACUCGCAUGCUAAUUGGUUGAAAGACGAUCCGCAGCCCGAAGUGGCAGUUCUGUACUGACUACGAGAAUCUUUUUUAAUAGCGCGAAUAGACCUCUCAGGAGGAUGGAGUGAUACGCCUCCGAUUACCUACGAACAGGGAGGAGCUGCGCUGACUGUUGCAGUUAAACUCAAUGGACAGGUUGGGUUUUCUUUUACCGCUGUAUAGUUUUUAAUAUAGUAUUUUAAGUCCCUCGUCAUUCGAUAGGUUAAGUGAAGGGGCCCAAUGGGAAUGUACAUAUUGGUAAUAACUAAUAAUUUGGAAACAAUCCCGCGUGUUGACAGGGAAUUGUAACUACUCCUUCGCAGGACCCCCCCCUCCACCAUCUCCUCUUCCCUUUCCCUAGUGUAGCUUUAGGUUUUCUUAGAAGUUCGUUGGUACCCAGGUAUUCUCCCAGGUGGAGAGAUGGGUUCUUAGAGAGAAGUCUGUAAUCUAAGAACAAAGCAAAAUGAACCGGAUGAGACUCGAACCAACCCUACACGCUUAAAUAUGAGGCUUCUGCGGUUUUCCUUUAGUAUAAUGGGUAAUUGUUGUUGGUUUUUUUUCCAGAAAGUCUCAAAGGCUGAAGUGCGCAAGAUAACCAAGUGAGUCAGUAUAACAAUCAAAAUGCAUUUAUCGUUGGGUCUCCGAAGCAAAUUUGCUUGCUGUUAAUCCUGUCUUCUGUCUGUAUACUGUACAAUUUCAGUAUAGUAUAGUACAGUAUAGAUAGUGGAGGCAAUGUCAUAACUUUUUAGCUGUCAAUUUGUCCCCUUCCCUGUUCAUACUUUUCCUUCGCAUCCAAGUCUGAAUUUUUGACAAUGUAAGUGCUUUCGCUUGUUUGAAGGGAAUUGUAUUGGAUCCAUUCUUUUUGUCAAGAUGUGAAAAUGCAGAGUUUAAUUUGACAAUUACAACCAUAAAUUGUUUCGAUCAGCGCAAUUCAAUUAAUUUAUUUCAAUCUUUAGGCUUGAAAUUGUUCUGGUGAUCCAUUCAGGAGAACACAGUGUUCAAGUCGUUUGCAGUGAAUUAAUGCAUUUAGGAAACUACACCCAACCAAAUGCCCCAGGUAUGAUGCCAUCUGCUCAGUAAAAGGUGAUAAAAAAAUGGGAGAAACACUAGGAGACGCCAUGAUUACCCAGUCUCCUGAACUAGAGGUUCCCGAUACACGUGAUUGAAUUGUGGCACGCUGUCUUUGAGGUCGACUAGUAAACGCUGGAUUUUCAGGUAUCCAAACUGAAAUAAGAGGCGAACGAAACGACCGUAAGUUUUCGUUUUUUGGGAAUGGACCGUUUAACUGUACAAAGUUCGGCUUCUUAGACCUACCGGUAUUUCACCCCUAAACGAGUUAGACCUUGAGUAAUGUGCCUAUUUAGUGCGAACAGAAAUGUGUUUUUUUUCAAGCUUUGUCAAUUAUUUUGUUUUUGAUCUUUUUAUCCAUAGCUUUGUAACAAUAUGCAUUUGUUUGUUUCCUGUCUCUGUUUUUCUGUCCUUAGGCGCCCUCUUGAAAGCUUGUUUUUGUUUACUCGAUAUCGUAACUCUUCCCUCAAGCGAAAAAUUAUCCGACCAGUUGAACAGAAAAUAUCAAGCCGGCUUUGAGCUUCACACCUGGUCGACCGCUCCUCAAGGAAGUGGCCUGGGCACAAGUAGUAUUUUGGCGGGAGUUAUUCUGGCUGCGCUUUUACGCGUAACUGACCGCACAGCCAGCAUGGAUUCACUGAUUCACGCCGUGAUGGUCGUGGAACAGAUGUUAACUACGGGCGGCGGCUGGCAGGACAAUGUAGGGGGACUAAUGCCAGGUUUUAAAAUCGCUCGGUCUCAGGCUUCCCUACCUUUAAAGGUAGAAACGGAAAAAGUGGAGCUUAGUGGGAAGACCGUCGAUGAAAUCACGAAGAGAUUGGUUUGUUUUUACUCAGGGAGAACACGGCUCGCCAAGAACUUGUUACAGGUAAGGAAGAGGUAGCGGCUUAUCAGAGGAAAGGCAACUAUCAUGAGGAGCUGAUGAGAAUUCACAGUUAAAAAAAAGCAGACUGAAGCGCGGGAAAACGCAAAUGGUCGGUCGCGACUGGUUGUAGUUUUGAAUUUGAUUGGUUGGCGGGAGUUAUACCAAUACUAAUACAAAUACCAAUCAGAGAACAAAUUGGAGCACUCUAAUAUUUAAGAUCUCCCAAUUUUUUUCUUUUUUUAAUUAACAUUUUUCCCUUGACAGAAUGUCGUCAGGAACUGGUACGCAAAAUUUUCACAGAUUACAAACAACGCCAGAAACUUGAUAAACAACGCGGAGGAGGCUGCAAAAGCGUUGAGGGAAGGUAGGUUUCUUUCAUCCCCCUUGCUUCUGAAGUAAUUUUGCUACAGGUCAGACUACGCCAUCUCCCAAAGUCAAGAAUAGCUGUGAUAACUAGUUGUAGAUUAUGCUCUUUCACUGUUAAUUUUUUGUCAAUUUCCUCAAAGGGAACAUCGAGAAGUUUGGCGCCUGCUGGACAUGUUAUCGACAUCAAAAAGCACUUAUGGCACCUGGUGAGUCCGAGUAACGGCUGGAUAGUUUUGAAAAAGUUUUUCUACAAACCUCUCCGGCUAUGUGUUUGUAUUUGUCCUGCUCAGCUGCAUGGUUGUGACGUUAUUUAGAAGGUACAUUUACAGUGCGGGCCUGUGAAGAUGCAAUAUUUCUUACCUCUUAUAGCUUUUUCAUGUCUCUAAAUAAUCAUGUUGCAGAGAAAGUUCUAGAUCAAUGUUAAAUCAUUGCUUGGCUAAACAUUCAAACUUGUCGGAAUACUUGUACUCAUCUAUUCUUUGUUUUAAUGGUUUAGUUGUAUUGAUUACUGCGUAGGUUCUGAACCAAAGGCAAUCAAGGACUUACUAGAAGCAGUCGAACCCUUGAGCUAUGGUAUGUUGAAGUUUCAGUGUGAUUUUAAUCUUCAUUAUCAUUAAAAUUACAAUUUUCUCGAUUACGAUUGGUUGAAAAAACUCCUAUUUUCCACUAAUUCACUCGCAAAUUUGUUAUCGAACAGUUUGUUAUCGGAUAGUUCAUUAAGCAAAUCACAUUCAAAGUUGUAGUUUAUAUCGACCAAUCACAAACUUUGUCAGUCUUUUAAUGCAAAUUUUCCCUUUUCUUUCAUAACUUGGCUAUUCUUCUUUUCUCGGAAAUUGUAAUUUUAUGAUUAAUUGGUAAUAAGACUUCGUUUCGUCCAAUUCGGUAUGUAAUCAUACUCGUGAUAAACUAAUCGGAGUCCCGCCGUGUGGUUGUCCGAUCUUGUUAUCACUCGUAUGAUUACAGACGGAAUUGUUCAGUUAUUUGCCUAAACUGUUGUUCUUCCCGUUCAGGGCAAGCAAUGUCCGGAGCAGGAGGGGGUGGAUUUAUUUUUGUUCUCACCAAGGAACCGAACAUGGUGGAUGAAGUGAAAGAUGUCAUCAAAAAAAUUAAGGUU